AAAAUAUUAAUGUAAUCAAGUAACACAGAAAGUGCAUUCCGGCCAACAGCAACAAUCAAGCUAAUGAGGGUGAGGUGGCCACAUGUGUGGGCGUGAGUAUCGUACGAGUCUGCCAAAAGGUCAACAGAACUAAAGCAUAAUCCACCUGGUCUACGAACUUCACUUGAUAGCACCAUUGACAUGAACAAUCCCCCUCGGACCGUGUCGGAGGAGAAAUCAAUCAGCAGAGCACACAAAUGACCAACUCAGAGGAACGGAAAAGCAAUAAUUAGCAACGUAAUUAGUAGCAAGUCCGAUAUUCUUCCAAAACUUAAGGUCAAAAUUGCGCAUCGCCAUGUUUUCCGAAGCAUAUGACACCGAUGAGCUGGACACCAUCGCCGAUGUCAUGGGACUCCGCUCACAGGCUCGACUAAACACAUUUCGCGAAAUGUGGUACCACUUAUUUCUGUGGGCCCUCUUCUCAUCCAUUUUUAUCCACACCUGUGCCGCCCUCGUGGCGUUUGUCACGCUUCGAAAGCAUAAAUUCGGUCGAUUCUUCUCCAUACUAGUUCUGGUCAUGGGAUUCUUGUCCCCGGCUUCUAGUGGGAUCAUUAGCAGUGCGGUAAUUGCAUUUGUGCAUCGCGCUUCCAGCCUGCCCAUGUCGCCUAUUUAUGCAAUGGUCUGGGGUCUUGGACAGACUAUAGUCUCGGCGUGCCUGGGCUUCACCCGAAUCUUGGCCACGCUCUAGAUUAUGGUCUGAAAUUUCAUUAUAGAACGUUCGUCGCUUGCUAUUUUUUUUUUGUAAUCAUUAUCAUACUUUUUUUAUUCGUUUUUCGCAGAACAUCUUGAAAGAUGCUCGACAACAAAUAUAAAAAUUCAUAGAUAUGCGUAUAAGAAUAUUGUGAUUUUUAAAUAUACAUAUACUAUAUACGACCA